AUGUCGCCCACUCAACCCAUACGAACGACAUGUCUACAAUGUAGUCGAAUGUCUUCAUCUGUCUCAAAGACAUCCCCGCUCAGGCUCAGUGGUCUGACCUACCGUCAAUUCACCUCCUCCUCAUCCUCACCAUCCGGCCCAUCUUCAAGAUCCUCAUGGCUCCGAUCCCAUCCUCGUCUAGCACUCACACUCCUAGGACUCACCCUUCCCACCUCAUAUUUCUUCUUCCCCUCUUCACCAUCUCUCACACCCCACACAUACUCUGAACAACCCAUAUCGUCCACCCAAACCUUGUCGGCCCAACACAAACUAAUCACCGUUCCUAUACCUGAAUCAUCCACCUCUAGAGAAUUCUUCGAGAGGCCAUAUCGUACCGAUGGGGCUAUAGCCAAUACAGAAGGAGGGGAAGUGGUAGUGCAGCAUAUGAUGAUCAAGAGUCCGGAUAUACAGAUCGAAAGGCCUUAUACACCCAUCAACGAUUGUUUGGACGAUGGGGAAAUUAGAUUGGUCGUCAAGCGAGUGAGAGGUGGAGAAGUAGGUAGGGUAGUACACAAUUUGAAAGAUGGAGAUAAAGUAGGAAUAAGAGGUCCUAUACCUACUUUUUCCAUUUAUCCAAAUCAAUACGAUAAGAUAAUAAUGAUAUCUACAGGAACAGCCAUCUCACCUUUCCUUCAACUGCUCUCCAAACUCCCUUCACCCUCUUCCUCAUCUUCCUCUACCUCUUCUUCGGAAGUGAUACCGAAACUUCACUUGAUCCACUCGAAUCCUCUGGAAGGAAGGGAAGAUUGGUCCAAUACAAUCAUUGAUAAAUCAUUCUUACCGCAUCUCCAACAAAAAUUCGGUAACAACCUACAAAUCACAAGGAUCGAUCCUGGUUUGAUACCUAAACAAGUUAUCGUUAAUGCCCUCCAACAUGAAUCAAAGAGCAUCAGGGAUCAGAGGGUAUUGGUAUUGAUUUGUUUACCUCCGAUGCUUAUGAGACCACUCUGUGGAUCUAUGACACCCAAUCUCAGUCAAGGUCCAAUCACAGGUAUAUUAGGUGAAUUGGGUCUAACAAAUAAUCAAGUAUGGAAAUUGGAGUAG